UUCUGUGGUUAAAAAUAACAUAAAAAUAGCUUAAAAAUAAAAUCACUUUCUAGUCAUGCCACCUCAAGUAGAUCCGAUACCCAGUGGUGUCCUGUUCGAAGCAGAGACACAAACGGCAGAUUUAGGACUGGCCGCCGAUGUCUCUAAGCUGAAGCAGGCUGCCCCAAAAAAAUAUGAGUACGUCUAUUUCAACAUAGUUUGGUUCAUAUUUCUGCACACCGUCUCGCUUUACGGAUUAUAUCUGGCAUUCACAUCGGCUAAAUGGCAAACAAAUCUCUUUGCAUGCGUGAUGCACUUAGCGUGUGCGAUCGGAGUCGGUGCUGGUUCACAUCGGCUCUGGACUCACAAAGGAUAUAAAGCUCGCACGCCCCUAAGAAUUUUACUCAUGAUCUGGCAGACAAUGGCAUUUCAGGACUGUAUAUUUGAAUGGGCACGAGACCAUCGCACCCACCACAAGUACGCGGACACAGAUGCAGAUCCACACAACUCCGUGAGAGGUCUGUUUUUCUCUCACUGCGGUUGGCUAUGUUGUAAAAAAAGCCCUGAGGUUAUCGAAGGUGGAAAAAGGAUUGAUGUGACCGAUCUAUAUGAAGAUUCUGUCGUCAUGUUUCAGAAGAAGCACUACAUGAAGAUGAUGCCAAUCUUGUGUUUCGUAUUGCCUACCAUCAUUCCCGUGUACUUCUGGAAUGAAACAUGGCUGAACGCCUUCUGCAUACCAACGAUAUUACGUUACACAUUCGGCAUCAACGUAGUGUGGUCUAUUAAUAGUUUCGCCCACCACUACGGAUUCCGACCUUAUGACAAAUCUUUAAACCCACGUGACAAUGUCGCCAUCUGGAUGUUCUGCUUAGAGGGUUUCCACAACUACCACCACACUUUUCCCUGGGACUAUAGAGCGACGGAAUACCCAUUUUACAACAUGCUCACGCCCACGGUCGUCUUCAUAGAUUUGAUGGCUAAGAUUGGUCAAGCAUAUGAUUUGAAGAGUGUAUCACCGGAUAUAAUAAAAAAACGAGCUCAUCGCACAGGAGACGGCACCCACAAUCUCUGGGGCUGGGACGAUCCUGAAUUUACUGAGAAUUUGAAAGCGCAAUACAGUGUCAUAACUAAUGCCGAAAAAAAAGUUGAUUAAAAUUAACGAAAUGAGACUAUACUACAUAGAAUAUUCCGCUAUCCAUAACUCUAAUAGCCUUAAAUCUAUAGUUAGUUCUUAACUCUAUAGCAGAAACUUCUAUGUAGUAUAUACAAAGAGAAGAAUAUAAAAGAAUUUAUAUUACUAUUUUAUAAAUACCUAACUAUUUGUAAGAUAUUUUUUUAUCUUGCUGUAAUUAGGUCCAAUAAAUGUAAAUAAGUUACGAUAAUUUUAACGUGGUUGAAAUAAUAUAUUUUUUGUUUAAACAACAUUAUAUUUUUAUUACGUUUUACUAUUCUUAUUAAAUUUUUUUUUAAAGGUGGUUCACAAAUAAUAAGCACACAAAAAAGAUUUAUAGAAUUCCUUCCAAUAUUUAAAAAUAAUAUCUUAUAAAGUAAAAUAAUAUUCAGAUUAUUCUAAAGAAUUUUUUAAUAUCCUAAUUCAAUUAUUCCCAAAGUUAAUUAGGUUCCGAUCUGGCCCAUCUAACAAAACUUUUUACUCUUGGGAGCCACCUUUUAGCUGCUUUACAGGACAAAAAUAUGUCUAACAGUGGCUAAUCGCUCAUUAGGGCCCAUUUAAUAAUUAUUCGCGACUCGUUUGUGGUUCGCGAUCCAUAAUGUGAGAAAUACUAUUCUAAUUUAUCAAGGUUUUAUUUAAAAAAAUGUUCAACAACUAAUAAUUUUUCCAAGUAUAUACCUUAAGUUACAUUUGAGACACUGUCUCGUCGAAUGUUACCAGCCAAAGUAACACACUUAAUCCGUCUAAUAUAAAACAAGAACCAACGUUAAUACUUGAUGGUAACCAUAGUAAAUUAUCAAUUUGCUCUAAGCGAAAAUUCUGAACCGAUUUUAAUAAAAUUUAUAUUAUGAAAGAAUACCCUUUCAAAUAAAAAAAUAUACUUAAGUUAAAAUCGGUUUAUAUACCACGAAGUUAUGGCCGUAUAUUAAGUUAUACACACAAGUGCCAGUUGGACGCGCGCACGUAGGGUUCCUUAACAUUAUGCAUUAACAAAAAGAAAAAUGUCAUGUUUGCUGUU